CCCAUUGUAGAAAAGAUGGUAGAAUCUUGUCUUAUUAUAUGCUUUGGGCGUGCAUGGAGAAGACCCGUAAAGUUGACCAGAUAGUAGAUAGUCUAAUAGUUAGAGGUAGUGGGAGAUCAAGAAAAACUCGUGGAGACAAAUCAUUAAGAUAUAUUUAGCAUUUAAUAGUUUACCUUUGAACUAAAUACAUGUUAAAGCAUUAUGGCAUUUUUACCCUACAUUUGCAAGAGACUGAUUCCACAUCUAGUUUCUGCAACUGGCCCAUUAUUUUUGCCAUGUGACUCGAGAUCAUGGGUUUAAGUUAUGGAAUCAGCCUCUUGGAAAUAUACAAGGUUAGGAUAAUUACAUUAGAUUUGCAAGGGUCCGACCAUUCCUUGGACCGUGCUAUUGCUGUAGUUCUGUAACACCAAAUUAUCCUAAUUUGUGGUCUACAUAGCCAAUCUUAUCUAGCGGGAUAAGGUUUGGUUAUUGCUACUCUUGUAUAAAUUAUUGAAGCAGCCUUGUCUGUUUCUUCUGCUUGUAUGUUGCAUUCACACUACAAUUUUCGCUCAGUAUUGAUCUUGUUCAAGCAGAGCGUGCUGGUUUAGAGCUAAUGGAUAUGAUGGCAGUGUAUCAAGAAGGAGCUUAUGAGCGCCUAUGCAGGUGGGUUCAGGCUGAAUGUAGGAAACCAGGUGACACUGACAAUCCAGAAGUUGGUGACCUUCUGAAAACAGCUGUGCGCUACCUCAGGGAAAGAUCUGUUCUUUUCAAGUAUUGUGCAGAAGAGAUGUGUGAACAAGCAGCAGAAGCACACAAGUCAAAGGGAUCUGGCAACUCAUCAAGAAAAAACUAGUGAGACACCCUCAAAGAUCUUUCUCAUUAACUGCUUGUGUGCAAUUCAACAACCUUUAUCUGGAUAUGAGGUGGUUGCUGAGUAUGUGAAAAGACUUGGAGCAAUGAUAGAUAACCACUUGCGCGUUCUUGUGGAGAAAGAAGCUGAUGCAAUCUUAAGUAGAUGUAAUUUGUCAGAAAAGAUGCCUCACUUGCAUAAUUCAAUCCAUAAGGAUGGGGACGAUGAAGUUGGUACCCCAUUGGCUCAAUGGGAAGAUACAAGUCCAGCCGUUCUUUCAGAGUGUUAGAAAGCUCUAUUUGGUCUUAUUUUGGGAGCGAAAGCUCCCUGCCUGAGUUUGAGCAGAUACAGGUUCCAAAGUUGCGUUCUGAAGCCUCUAUAAGAGUGGCCAGAUCACUAGGUGAAGCUUAUGAGCUUAUUUAUAAUGCUAUAAUGGAUCCCAAAAAUGGCUAUCCAGAUCCCAGGUCGUUGGCAAGGCAUCCUCCUAAUCAGAUAAGAACUAUAUUAGGGAUAUGAAUUCUAUUUGUAGUGAUAUGUUUUACUCUAAUCCUGUUCAUUAUGUUUGUUAAUUACGUAGAUAAUCUUUAUUCUCACAUUUUAAAUUGUA